CAGACACAUAACGGUGCCCACCAUAAUAACAAUAUCCACAACAACAGACCAAAAUAAGCGACGGGACAUGUGAGCUCCUCGACCCCCAACGCGAGCAGGUUUGCCAGGGUUUUCCAGCAUGUUUGGGAAGAAGAAGAAACGGCUGGAGAUCUCAGCUCCGUCUAACUUUGAGCACCGGGUCCACACGGGCUUCGACCCGCGGGAGCAGAAGUUCACCGGCCUGCCGCAGCAAUGGCAGAGUCUCCUGGCGGACACUGCCAACCGCCCCAAGCCCAUGGUGGACCCUUCCUACAUCACCCCCAUCCAGCUGGCACCAAUGAAGAUAUCUCCCAAGAAAGUCCGGUCAUCCGAAACGCCGUUGCCCAAAACCAUUGUUCGAGGGAACCGACCACCCAAAGAUGCGUCCAUCAACGGCCUCCUGGAGGAGUUUGACAACAUCUCAGUAACACGCUCCAACUCCCUGCGUAAGGAGAGCCCACCAGGUCCCCACCAGGCCGGAAGCAGCUCCAAACCCUCGGGCAGCGGUCAUCCCAAUGCCCCAGAGGAGAACGGAUUCAACCACUACUACUCCCGCUACUCCUGUGACCUAGACACCUCCAGCAGGGACUUCUCUUUGGAUCCUGGCAAGCCAGGCUUCUCCAUAGAUGGGGACUGGGCUGUGGGGAGACAUUAUCGAUUCACCAAACAGAAUGGCCACUCGCACCCCAUACGCAGCCCCUUCUACCCAGACGCCAUGCCCCAAAAAUCAGACUACGGCAAGCUGCCCCCAGACUACCACACCUACCUAGAGAGUAAAGGGCGUUCAGCCGAUGAGGUGGCCUCCACUGUGGGGAGUGGGGUGGGUUCCAGUGGCUACUAUCGGGCGUCUGUGGGUGGCUCGUCCAGCCAGGACUACCGGGACACUUCAGUAGGCACGCCAUCUCGUGCCUCGCUACACAGCGAGCAGAUCAACUACCCAGACAGUGAGUGGAGCUAUGGUGGUCUGCGGGACGAGUAUGAAAAGCGACCCAAGAGUUCCUAUGUGACACAGACCAGCCCCACGCCGGCUAUCAGGCAGCGAUCUCGGUCAGGUUCUGGGCUGCAGGAACCAAAUGUCCCCUAUGCAGCCAGCGGGGCUUUCAAGAACCCUCCACAGGCCCAUCCAUACAGCUCCUACACCUAUCCUCGCCUCUCGGAAAGUCUCGCUAACUCACAGACCUUAGCUAAGGGUGACUACGAUCGUCCGUCACGUGAUGACAGUCAUGGCAGCCCCCAGGUUACGGGUGGUGACACCUAUCCCCGAGGGCCUCUUAAGCUACCUCAGAGCCACAUCAAGCCACCUGGCUACCCUCCAGCACACCUGCCCUACCCCCCUGUCUUUCACCAUUACAAACCCUCACCCUACCAUCAUCCUCCCUCCCAGCCGAGCCCACCAUACACCCCUCAGGGGGCCUACUCGCAGCCUUCAUCACCUUACAUCCCCCCCGGGGCCUAUCCCCCUCCUUCCUGGGGGUCGAGCUCAGACACUCAACCUUCCAGAGUCUCCCAUGAGCAGUUCAGAGCUGCACUUCAGCUGGUGGUCAACCCAGGAGACCCUCGGGAAUACCUGGACAGCUUUAUCAAGAUCGGCGAGGGCUCCACGGGUAUCGUGUGCAUCGCCAGUGAGAAACACAGCGGCAAGCAGGUGGCUGUGAAGAAGAUGGACCUCAGGAAACAGCAGAGGAGAGAGCUGCUCUUUAAUGAGGUGGUGAUUAUGAGGGACUACCAUCAUGAGAACGUGGUGGACAUGUACAACAGCUACCUGGUGGGAGACGAGCUGUGGGUGGUCAUGGAGUUCCUGGAGGGUGGGGCACUCACUGACAUUGUGACUCACACCAGGAUGAAUGAGGAGCAGAUUGCUACAGUGUGUCUGUCGGUGCUGAGGGCUCUGUCCUACCUGCACACACAGGGCGUCAUCCACCGCGACAUUAAGAGUGACUCCAUUCUUCUGACCAACGAUGGCAGGAUCAAGCUAUCAGACUUCGGCUUUUGUGCUCAAGUUUCCAAAGAGGUGCCCAAGAGGAAGUCCCUCGUGGGCACGCCCUACUGGAUGGCACCAGAGGUCAUCUCUAGACUACCUUAUGGGACUGAGGUGGAUAUCUGGUCUUUAGGCAUCAUGGUGAUUGAGAUGGUGGAUGGAGAGCCCCCUUACUUUAAUGAGCCCCCUCUGCAGGCCAUGAGGAGGAUACGAGACAACCUGCCUCCGCGGCUAAAAGAGUCACACAAGGUGUCCUCGGUGCUGCGAUCCUUCCUGGACCUGAUGCUGGUGAGGGAGCCCUCUCAGAGAGCCACAGCCCAGGAACUUCUCCAGCACCCCUUCCUCAAGCUGUCGGGACCCCCUUCCUGCAUCGUCCCCCUCAUGAGACACUACCGCCACCGCUGACCCGCUGGCCCAAACCUGCUCUCUUCUACACUAAAAAAAAAAAAUCACAUACAUACUGUACACACACUACCAGGGUGGCCGUGCCCUCACCCAGCCAAAACACUCCACCAUUCUGUGGUGCGCCACUAACACUCACACCUGUAACCGUGAUGUAGUUUAGCUAGAGGAAUAUCUAAGAAAUACAUUUAAAAAAACACACGACCACAGAAAAGAAGAAAAAAAAUUGUCUACUAUCUUGAAACUAUGAACUGGAGUAGAAGAGUGUACUGUGCCAGAGGAACUCACUAGACCUCCAGUAGAAACGUAUGGGCUGGCUCGCCCUGCUGCAGUCUUCUCUCUUCCCAGACUGUGAGUCUUCAGCUCCAUGUAGAGUUGUAGUAGCCAUCAGCAAGAGCUUCAGAGGGUUGCGGCGAGGUGGAGGGACCCUGGGGGGGACCGGCGCUCUCUGCUCCAGACCAGAGCAGCAGAGGAAAGAACAAUCAGCCGCGUGCAGAAGGAGAGGGUUUUUGACCGGUACUGACUGUCAGGCGGCUGCUGCGUCAUCAGUCCAUCUGAAGGACAGGCCGCUGCUCAGCUGGUCAAACAGAGACGAGCUCUCUUGUAUCUCUCUUCUCACACACUAACAGUGAAAAUGUAUUUUAGAGAAACUUGUAAGUUUUUCUGUACAGUUUUGAUAAUUUGCAGUAUUUUAUCGUGUCGUAACCAUUGUGAUAUGAGCAGUAUUAAACAGAGUUUCUGCAGAGAUCUUUCCUACUGUUUAUAAUCCAGUUUUUGCUUAAAGAUAUAUAAGAUAUCCCAAAUAAACCCACCUAAACCUAACUGUUACUAAAAAUACGAAAUAUAUUUAUUAUCUUACAUUUGUAGACAGAACUUCAAUUAAAUGUUGGAAAAAAGGGUAAUGUCAGAAUUUUGUAUGACGUUUUAAAGUAUUUAUUUAUUUAUUGGAAGGUUUAUUUUUUGGUAGUGUGGCCUUUUUUUUUGGUUUACUUUGUUUUGUUUUUUUGUUGAGUUUUGAUUUACAUUUCUAAAAGCGCAUUGGCAGACAGUGAAAUCAGUUGUUAUAUCAUCCAAGCAAUACCCCAAACCUAUUUAUGAAACCAUGAAGCCCUGUAUUUAUGAUACUGUAAUUGCACCAUGCAUUUAAAUGUAGCACAGAUUGAGUGGAUUUGACACACACACACAUAUGAAACAAACAAACAAACAAACAAACAAAAGAUUUACUCUACGCAGACCUGUUUUCUUUUAUAUUAGGAACCUCAUCCUGUUUCUCUAAAUGCUAAGAGGCGCCCAUCCAAGACGCCCGCCUACCGCACAGAUUUUAGGAUGCUGAUAAAAGAUCUCGUUUUCUACUCACAUCCUCACUGUCAUCAUCUCACUCCUUAUCCCACCUCAGUCAGAGACACACUCGCUAUCACUGGAACUGUGCUGCCAUUCUCAUCUCUGGUCGGACCGGGGAGAACAGUGUAAUCCUCCUCCCCACAUCGUUUUUACCCAUCAUUCACUGUGAUAUGUAAAUAUGACUGUGCGUAUGUGAGUGUGUGUGUGUGUGUGUGUGUUUGAGUUGGAUUGCAUGUGAGUCCGUGUGUGUCAAAGAGCAAAAGAGGUAGAGCGUGUUUAUCUCUGUACAACAUCUGAAAGUGUGUGUGCGAGUGUGUGUUUGUGUAUGUGUGUUAGUGUAUGUGUGUGUAUGUAUGCUGCUGGCUAAUCCUUGACAAUGUGUCAAGACUUGAAUGAGUAACACUUAUCUGUGGUGUUGGCUUGUACAGUGAUAUUGCAUGUUUGUUAUCAGUGAAGCUGGUUUCAAUUAAA